CCUUUUUAUUCUCUCCUAUGAGGCUGCUGUUUCUGAAGCAUGGCUGGAGCAGGAGGAUGAGGAGAAAGAGAAUGGGGAACAACAGCAGCCGCGCAGGGCCCGCCUUGUGCCCCCAUCUCCUUCCCCAGGAGCAGGCCGAGAUCAGCAGGUUGUUCAACAUCCUUUCGUCCCAGAGAAGCGGCUCCGGUUCCGAUGCAGCACCACGAUGCUUCUUGUUAAAGGCUGUGCAGGGCCACGUUGGGGAGGCUCUGCCCCCUGAGAUGGUGAGGCUGUUGUAUGCGGGCAUGCGGAGAUCUGAGCCCAUAGGGCCCCGUGAAGGUAUCUCUCAUGAGCAGCUCCUGAAUUUUCUGGCGCACCUGCUGAAGGGGGUUGCAGAGGAGAGGGGGCUCCUGCUUCUUAGGAUGAUCUCUGAUACCCCUGGACCCAUCAGUGCUGCAGAGGUGCAGAAGUUUGCAGAGGUUCUGGUGGGCUCUGUGGCUCAAGUGCUCACCCACCGGCAGGAACAGAGAGGCUGGACACGGCCUGAGGUACCGGAUUCCACACCCAGGGUUCGGGAGCUGGCGACCCAGAUGCUCUCAGAGCUGAAACUCCAAGACGGCAGGAAGCUUCGGGGACCCCAGAAGCUGGAUGGGCUUUGUGACCAGGCAGCGUUGGAGGACUGGGUGUUCCGGACGCCACUUGUGGGCACCUUCCUGAGCCUCCUGGUCUAUGGAGCCCUUCUGGGGCGGCAUUGGACUCCAGAGCCAGCCCCACUGGUGCCUGAGCGGCAGGUGGAGCCCGGACACGACUUUGCCAGCCUGCUGGAUGUGCUAUCCGUCAUCUUUAUCAACUCGCACCUGCCCCCUGAGUGGCGGCAUCGCUGGCACCUGCUCUUCGCCUCUGACCUGCAUGGCUGCAGCUUUGCCCAGCUGUGUGGGCGCAUCACACACCGUGGGCCCUGCCUGCUGCUGCUGCAGGACCAUGAUGGACACGUCUUCGGGGGCUUCUCCUCCUGUUCCUGGGAGGUCAAACCACAGUUCCAAGGAGAUGCCAGCUGCUUCCUGUUCUCUGUGUCUCCCCACAUGGCCGUGUACCCUUGUACGGGCUACAACAACCACUACAUGUACCUGAAUCGUGGGCAGCAGACUAUCCCCAACGGGCUGGGUAUGGGGGGCCAGCACCAUUACUUUGGGCUGUGGAUUGACGAGGACUUCGGGAAGGGCCACAGCAAGGCCAAGCCCACAUGCACCACGUACAACAGCCCACAGCUGUCUGGCCGCGAAGACUUCUGCUUUGAUCGCAUGGAGGUGUGGGCAGUGGGCAACAACCCAUCUAUGCUAUCGACCAACAACAAGAGCAUCCUGGAUGUGGACCCUGAAGCUCAGGCCCUGCUGCAGAUCAGUGGGCGGAGUUUCCAUAGCCAGGGAGUGCGGGAGCCUCCUGAAAAUGCCUGAGGAUGAGUCUUGUUUCCUGCACAGCCUGCUGCUUCCUAACCUGGCACAGCCACGACAUCACCCAGGGUGGAUCCAUAGUGUUGGGGGGCCCAUCUCCCAGAAACUCCAAGUGUCACAGAUCAAUCAGUACCUGAAUCCUCGGUUCA